AUGAAUAUGUUGGAUGAUGAAGAUGACCAAAGCUUUCACGCUACGCGUGACGGCUACUCCCAUUUGAGCGAUGUCGAAUGGGAUGCGGUUGAACGGAUGGGUUCAACCAUGGGCAUCCAUGCUGUUAGCGUCAUGCUAGAGACUCUCAAUAGAGAUGCCCAACAUGCUACUAUCGCCAAGUUCAUUCAAAAUGAACUUGACGCUGAACGCGAGAAAGUAGCCUUGCUUCACCAACAAGGUUAUCAACAAGCAGAGUUGUUGAGAGAACAGGGUGCUCAACAGUUUGAACUGUUGAGACAGCAGCAGGCUGCUGCUGGUGGGUCGAUGCACUCGCGUUGA